CAGCAGACAGAAGAUCCGUGAUGAGCAGGCUCGGGGCAGCGCAAAAGCCUAAAUUAAAGGCAGGGUCCAUGUCCGCUAAUGUCACCGUCGUGGCCUCCACUGUUCUGAGCACUUAGAGCUCCCUGCACGGACGCGUGAGCUACAAGAGUGUCUUUGCUGAACAAACCUGCUCAGGAACCCGCCCGGAAAUGCUCUGAAUACCGGCUGCUAUCUGAAAUGCUGCCCUGUGAACCGUCGCCUCCACCGCACAACCAUCGCGCACUCCGCUCAGUCAGCACUCGUGAAGCUCAACAGAUCUGAUCAACCGCUCUUCUUACACCCAUCUCUCCGAAUCAGACGCCGUCAGCUUCCAGCCGUAUCUCAACAUGGCUUCUGGCGUCCCGACCGGCCGAGAUACGAGCGGCAAUCCUGCUAUCACAAAGCCUACCCGGAAGCGAGGGAAAUAUGUCGCAGCUGCAUGCACCGAAUGCAAGCGAAGAAAAGUCAAGUGUAAUGGCGAUGCAAUCUGCGCGCGCUGUACAAAGAUGAACCUCGUCUGCACCUAUAAACCUGAUGGCCACACAGCUCAGCAAAGCAGAGGCUCAAUAAGGCAAUCAAAACACCAUUCUCACUCGCCUCUCCCACCUACCAACAACACAGCCCCGCCAGCAGGACAGUCGCAACUUCUUCCUGGCGUCGCCCGGAUCAUGUCUCAACCGUCGCAACCCAACGAAUCAAUCUCCUGCGAUCUCCGCCCUCCGCUCGAAUCAGUCCAGUCUGGUUCCGUGCCUCCGCUCUCCUCGAUCCCAAUCCAAUCUCUAACUCACGCCAACCAUGUCGAGUUCCCACAAUCCACAGCACCGCUACCCCACCCCCAACUAUCGACCGGUCCUACAUCCCACCCGCCGAAUCCUCCGAAUUCAUCCUACUUUCCCGGUCCGUUCACCACAAAACAGCUACCCUUUCCUGUCGUCGAUCCUCGCUCGUCCGUGAGCUCUCCAUCUGAGUCGUCUGCUGCAACCCACGGCUACGGAUCUCUUUCGAUGCUUUCGAUGGAGUCUGGAAUCGAACCCGGGUCCCGCUACAGUUCUCCCGGCAGACGCUCACGUGCACUACCAAAACCGGCUCGAUCUUGGGAACAAGAAAACCAAAAGGCAUUCACCGGACCGAUGUCGGCUGCUACACCUUUCCAGCAGGCCUCGGAUCUUCUCGACAAGCGCAGAGCAUCUGUGGAGGGAAAAUCAGAGGAAGACGAAGAGUGGGACGACGGGCUUUCAGACUAUGACCAUGAAGAUCAGAGCUCGUCCAAGUCUGACGACGGAUCGAAACCCAGGAAUAAGCACAAACGAAAUUGCCGAUUUUUGUAUAACGAGCACGAGACUGUGAAAAACCUCAUCCAAGUUUAUGAAUCCGAAAUCAACAGCAUGUCUCCGAUUUUUGAAGUCAACGAGCUCGACACAAAAUACGAGCAGUUCAGACAGUACUUCUUUGAGCACCAUGAAGAGUUUCCGGACGACCGGGACGUAUCUGUCAUCAAGCUUGUGGUCGCGACGGCCACCGGAGUUACCGAGAAAAACAUCAAGGAAGGACGCAGACUAUAUCAAGAGGUUCUAUCAAUGACAGAGUGGCGUAUUGUCGCCGGCACAGCUGACGUCUACACUCUGAUCUCUUUAUGGCUUAUCCACAACUACCAAUUCCAUUCAGGCCUCGAGUCCCUGGCCUAUCGAACUAUCUGCUUCUCGGCGGUUUUGGCGGUUGAGUUGGGACUCCACCAGUCGAGUAAGAUGAAGCAGAUCUUCCCAGAUCCUCGACAACGCGAGAGAUGCUGCGCUCUGUUUUGGUGUAUCUAUGUCGUUGAGCGUCGUCUGUCGUUUAGUACCGGCCGUCCACAUGUAUUGCACGAGGACGAUAUCGACCAGAAACUACCCAUGGCGUUUGAGAACGAGCCGGGUAUAUCAGACGACAAGUUGGUGCGAUCAUUGUACUUAAACGCGAUGGUUGCCUACACUCAAGUCGCAGGACGCGUCUGGCGCGCUUCUUCCUCAUUCAAGCCUCCCGAGCGUUGCGACAUCAACACUGAAGAAAUCGACUACAUCGAGUUCCUAAUCUCGAAAUGGUACAAUGGCCUGCCUCGUCAGCUGCGCUUGUCUCGUCCGUCAGAUCCUGCUUACCUGCCACCACCUAUGCUGUCAAGGAAGCUACAAACCAUUCUGUACCUGCGAUCCAACCUGAUGUUUCUGCACCUCUACCGUCCUGUCCUGUUUUCAAAUCGCACGAUUGCCAAACACAUGCAGUACGCUUUCCGGGCUGUCGAAAUCGCGCUGGACUCGAUCCGAGAGCUGUAUCGACUGCAUUUCGAGUCUGAUCUCUACUCAAAGUGCCAGAUCCAUUACAAUUACUUUUUGUUGACCGCCUUGGGUGUAUUGUUCACCGCAAUCAUCCAUGCGCCAAACGUCUUUGCCGCCCAUUGCAAGCGGGAGUUCAACAUGGCCCUCGAUCUCAUCAAGCUCUUUUCUAAAGUCUCUAGUGUCGGCAAAAGACUUUGGGCUACGGUGAAAAAGCUGCGCUCGGUCUCGGCGGCGAUUGCAAAGACCCCGGCAGUACCUCUCGAGAACCACAGUGCUGUUUCCGUGGCGCAGGAUCCGACUCAGAGACGACCUGAAUAUCACGGCGAUCGAAAUAUCACAUCUCAACCGGUCAACAAUGAACCAGUGCCGAACAUUGCGGUUCCUCAACACAUUCAUCCUUCUCCAGCCCAACCGGUCGACAGUCCCCAUCGAUCUGUGAGUGUCUCGGCGACGUCCACCCCCGUCAACUACAACGUGAACCCGAUCGGCAACGGCGAUGAUUACAUGCACCCCAGAAACGAAAACCGUGCCUCUGUCGAGAACUCAUCCAACUCGUCGAUCGACGGCCAAAAUCUUUCCUCAGAGGUGUCGGACUUGUUCUUCAUGGUCACCGGCAACAUCCAAGGAAAUGGCUACACUCCCGUCCCUCCUGCUCCAAUGCAACAAUACAAUUCAGCGCCCACGUCGCAAACUUACUCCGUUCCUGUACCCGCCCCGGUUGUAUCUCAAUCACUCAACACUUCUCACGGACCUUUACCACCUCAAUACUCACCCACGCAACUCCAGCCUGGUCUGCAAUAUCCAUUCACCGACUCGAACGCUGCUUUUACUCCGCUGGGCAUGGAAGCCGCGUACGUCGCUCAAAUGCUGGCGCAGGGUUCACGAACUGAUAGCCAUGACGAUGAAGUUUUCAAGUUGAUUGAUAAUUUGUUUUAGGUAGGAUGCUAUCUACCAAUCAAAAAGACUCUUUUUUGGACAUUUUGGUCAUAAAAUAUGACUACACGUGGCCGUGGAGUUUUGCAGUGAUGUGAUUCGGUUUGUUUUUGGUGCUAUUUAUAAUGUAAUAUAGGGGUAUCUCCGGUUAGUUGGAGUGUACUAUUAAUUGUACAGAUAGUUUGUCGUGAUCGUGGCAGGGCGGUCUUAUGUGAUGUCAUUGGUAUCGUUAAUGCACCUGGUAUCAAGAUAUGAAAGCGCACGAUCGAAUGUAUGAAUCUCUCAGUAGCUCCUCGUUCUAAAAAAUCAGGCUCUGCACGGUUAACCUUGAA